AUGAGGGGUAAUAAACAAGAUGAUCUAGGCCAAGAUGCAUUUUUUGAAUCAUUAUGGGAGGCGGGAAUCACAAGAUGCUUCGUAAAUCUAGGAUCCGAUCAUCCUAGUAUUAUGGAGUCCAUUGCCAAAGGCCAAAGGAAUUCACCCAAGAAAUUUCCAAAAAUAAUUACCUGUCCAAAUGAGAUGGUUGCGCUGUCCAUGGCCGAUGGUUAUGCUCGUUUCACGAACAAGCCUCAGUGCGUAAUUGUACACGUCGACGUCGGUACGCAAGGUCUUGGUGCGGCUAUCCACAAUGCAUCCUGUGGUCGAGCCCCAGUCCUGAUAUUCGCUGGUCUAUCUCCUUUCACAGCUGAGGGUGAAAUGCGCGGAUCCCGUACAGAGUAUAUACAUUGGAUACAAGACAUCCCGGAUCAGCGAGCAAUUGUUGCGCAAUAUUGUAGGUAUACCGCGGAAAUCAGAACGGGGAAGAAUAUAAAACAAAUGGUGAACCGCGCAUUGUCAUUUGCGAUGAGUGAGCCUAAGGGACCCGUGUAUCUGAUGGGCGCGCGGGAAGUAAUGGAGGACACCUUGGAGCCAUAUAAAUUGAACCAGGCGGUCUGGAGUCCGGUUGAACCAACAUAUCUUUCUGAGUCUGGAGUUAAAUCGAUCUGCAAUCUACUCGUCAAUGCAGAGAAUCCAUUGGUAGUAACAGGUUACAGUGGUAGAGAUCAUCGGGCAGUAGGUGAGUUGGUAAAAUUAGCAGACAGGAUAAAAGGGUUACGUGUCCUGGAUACUGGAGGAAGCGACAUGUGCUUCCCUGCUGAUCACCGGGCCUGGCUGGGGUUGCGAUUUGGCGUUGACGAGAGCAUAAAAGAGUCCGAUGUCAUUCUUGUUGUCGAUUGUGAUGUCCCAUGGAUACCAACAAAGUGUCAACCCAGACCAGAUGCCAAGAUCGUUCAUAUUGAUAUCGACCCUCUGAAGCAGCAGAUGCCAUUAUUCUACAUAAAUGCCAUAUUGCGCUAUAGAGCAGACGGCUACACGGCUUUUUCCCAACUAUGCUCGUAUAUUGACAGCAAUGAUGAAUUGUUAUCUAAACUCGCUGGGCCUAUUUACAUCGAUAGAUGGAAUUCUUUGGGUGAAUUUCAUAAUAGAAGAUUGAGCAAUAUCGCUAACUUGGCCACUGCUGGUAAAGAUGGGUCUUUCACAACCUCCUGUCUGACUUCGAUGGUACGCAAGUGGUGCCCUCCAGACACGAUCUGGUGUAUCGAAGCAGUAACCAACACAGUGCUCGUAGCCAAUCAGAUCCAGGCCACACUUCCAGGGUCAUGGAUUAAUUGCGGCGGUGGUGGAUUGGGCUGGUCAGGUGGUGGCGCCUUGGGAAUUGGGAUAGCUGUCCAGGAUGUCAGAGGCAAAGGAUUCGUUUGCCAGAUAGUAGGAGACGGCACAUUUCUGUUUAGCGUUCCAAGUAGUGUUUAUUGGAUCUCGCGAAGAUAUGGCAUUCCCGUUCUAACAAUAGUCAUCAAUAACAAAGGAUGGCAAGCUCCGAGAAAGUCUCUCCUUUUGGUACACCCAAACGGUCUUGGAUCUCAAAUCUCUAAUGAAGAGCUGAAUAUCUCCUUUGAACCAUCGCCGGAUUACGCAGCGAUUGCGAAGGACGGAGCAGGCGGGCAGCUGUGGGCAGCGAGUGCGAGGACUGUAGAAGACCUCGAAAGGCUUCUUCCAGAAGCUGUGAGUGCCGUGCAGAACGGCACAGGGGCUAUACUUGAUGCCCACAUAGCGUUCAAAGUGGGCGAAUUCUGAAUUUCAGCUCAAGAUAGAGAGAACCUUUGGCAUUUCCAAUCAGGAAUAGAACAACGCGUCAUUCCCGUUGUCGUAUAAGCGAGAAACGAAUGAAAUUCAAUGGAUAUGAAUUACGACCUGUAUACCACUUUAGGAGUUGAACUGUGAGGUAUAGAGAGUAUUAAUA